CUAUCUUUCAUCACAACAGCGCGCUAUAGUACUCCCGAGAAGAUCAUCAUACAUAGUUCAGUUUAAACAGACAAACGCCAACUUACGACUUCUUGCUAAUCCAAUCAGCUCGUCCUGAUCUGUAGGUUGGUUGUAGGUAUCAGAUCAUUUUUUUGCGAGAGUAGUAGCCGAACCGAGCGAGAGAGACGCACCACCCACACGCUACCUAUUACUUACUUACCCACCUUUCUGCCCCCCCGUACUAGGGAGGGAGACUCUUUUGCUCGAACACCGACCGAGCUUCCAUCAUUUUCCCGUCUGUUCUCUCUCUCUUGCUCUCUCUCUUCCAUCCAUCCAUCCAUCCAUCCAUCCAACAACACCGCAUCACAUCACAUCACCUACACGGACCUCGCGCUCGUACAUCGACGUCCUCACUACCUACCACCAACCUCCCACCCACGAAUUACACACGCACACACCCAUACACGUACACAAUGGCCGACAAGGAAUACACCUACUCGGACGUGAGCGAGCAUGCCUCUAAGAAGGACCUGUUCAUCGUCGUGCACGACAAGGUCUACAAUGCCAGCGGCUUCGUCGACGAGCACCCCGGCGGCGAAGAAGUCCUCCUCGAUGUCGGCGGUCAAGACGCAACCGAAGCUUUUGAAGAUGUAGGCCACAGCGAUGAAGCGCGUGAGAUUCUCGAUGGCAUGCUCGUCGGCACGCUGAAGCGCCAGGUGCGUUUCCAUCCCUCAUUCCCCAUUUCUCUCCACAAGUUCCAAUUACCAUGCCCAAACCCCAUAUCCCAUAUUCCCCACCUCUCUCACAUCAACAUCAAUAUUAUCAAAUCACAAACACAAUAAACUAACAUCCCCCUCCAGCCCGGCGACCCCGCGCCCAAGACCCAAGACCAAGGCGCACAGUACAGCAGCAACAAGCAAAGCGGCGACGCCGUCAGUUU